AUGUCUGACGCUGUCACUAUCCGUACUAGAAAGGUUAUCUCCAACCCAUUGUUGGCCAGAAAGCAAUUCGUUGUCGACGUCUUGCACCCAAACAGAGCUAAUGUCUCCAAGGAUGAAUUGCGUGAAAAGUUAGCUGAAGUCUACAAGGCUGAAAAGGACGCUGUCUCCGUUUUCGGUUUCAGAACCCAAUUCGGUGGUGGUAAGUCUGUUGGUUUCGGUUUGAUCUACAACUCUGUUGCUGAAGCUAAGAAGUUCGAACCAACCUACAGAUUAGUCAGAUACGGUUUGGCUGAAAAGGUUGAAAAGGCUUCCAGACAACAAAGAAAGCAAAAGAAGAACAGAGACAAGAAGAUCUUCGGUACUGGUAAGAGAUUGGCUAAGAAGGUUGCUCGUCGUAACGCCGAUUAA